GCUGAGAGGAUUUGUGUGUGUGACUUUAAUAUUGCCUUGGUUACAGGUGCAACCCUUCCCCUUUUUUCUCUUCGCCAGAAAGAGACCGGUUCCAGUGGGAGGGCAGACAUCCCUGCAAUCACUCCCACCUGAAAACACCCAAGCUCCCCCCCCUCCCUUUCCUCUGUUGAUAACCAAGCCCCUGCACCACAGGGAGAGGGAGAGAGGGAGGGACGGAGCCUGUGAAUGAGCAGUUGAAUAAAAGCAGCGUUUACAGAGCAUUGAAAAGGAAACGCACAGAUACCACGCAAACAUCACACAAUAUUCUAAUCAAGAUCUCUCAGUGGAGGAUUAAAUCGUGACCUCAAGAAUGGGCUGCUUUGGAUUUCUCAAAGUCGUGAUGUUUGCCUUUAAUGGCAUCAUCUUUGUGGCUGGAGCUGCGAUCCUGGGGGUGGGCAUAUGGGUAAAGGUGGACAGCGGCUCUGUCCUUUCCUUGCUGGAAAAGAUUCCUGGUGCACCGGCACAGCUCAACCAGGUCUUAAACGUGGGCUACCUCCUGAUCGCUGUGGGUGCUGUGCUGCUGCUCCUGGGCUUCCUGGGAUGCUGUGGAGCCGUUAAGGAGAGCAAGUGCAUGCUACUGAUGUUCUUUAUUAUAGUGUUGCUGGUCUUCAUAGCAGAGGUGGCUGGAGCUGUGGUCAUUUUGGUCUUCAAACCUUUAGCCGAAGACUUGAUCAGGAAACUGGGCGUUGACAUCGUGGAAGGCAUUCAAAAAGAGUAUGGAGAAAAUCCUGAUGUAACAGGCCUUUGGAACUCAACCAUGGACACACUGAAAUGCUGUGGAUUCAACAACUAUACAGACUUCACAGGGUCUCCAUUUGUCAAUGCCAGUGGGACCUACCCUUCACCGUGCUGCACCUCAACUUCCUGUUCUGGAGAGAACGCAAAGACUUCGGCAGUUGAUGGUUGCUUUGACAAGCUGGUUUCAUUGAUUGAUGAAAAUGCAGUCGUGAUCAUAGGUGUGGCUCUCGGGAUCGCUGUUUUAGAGAUCUCUGCAAUGGUUGUCUCUAUGUCCUUGUAUUGCCACAUUGACUCCAAAUAACACUUGGAUUGAUCAAGGAAGUUCACUGAAGAGGAGGCAUUCUCAACAUUUUGCAGUUCGCACAAUACAGACAAGCCAAAAACAAAGAACUCAAAAACUGGUCUUCAUAGAAGACCAUGGCUGGGACUUCCAAUGGUUUAAGAGGCAGGGAUUUAUAUUUCGUAAUAUACAUCUAAAAAUCCAGAUGUGUUCUUAUAGUGUAAAUAAGUUAUUUUGCAUAUGGAUUGUUAUGGGGAAAUUAAAAUGAUUUCACUGAAAUUUUGGAGUGUAGGGUACUUAGAUGACUUUGGAUGUAGAUUAUGUUUUAAUUUUGAGGAAAGGUGAAUAAAAUCCUUUUUUCUUAAAUGUCCAUAUUUCCGGUUUUCAUGAAAUGUAGGUACAAAUGGAAUGUGUUUUCAAUGAAAUAUGCACUUUAAAUUAGUAGGUGACAGGUCUAAAUCACCUGGCCUACUUAUGUCAGCCAAAGAAUGUAUAUCUUGGAGAAAAAAACAAUGAUGACCAAGUGGUGAAGUCUACUGACACCUGUCUCCUGUUAUUGUCCCAGCAAAAUAAAGUACUGAUUUAACACCACACUCA